AUGAGUGUACUUCAUCCAUUACGUGCAAGCUCCAUUGAUAUUCAUCCAAAUGCUCGAUGGCAACAGAAUGGUCUCACUGUCGCUGGAGGAAAUGGGGAUGGCAAUGGAAUCAAUCAACUCUACUACCCAUGUGGUUUAUAUGUGGAUGAUGAUCAAACAAUUUAUGUUGCUGAUCUAUCGAAUCAUCGUAUUGUAGAAUGGAAAAGGGGUGCAACGAAUGGACAAGUGGUUGCAGGUGGAAAUGGACAAGGAAGUGGAACUCAUCAAUUGUUUCAACCAUUAGAUGUGAUUGUCGACAAAGAGAAUGAUAGUCUCAUCAUCUGCGACUAUUCGAAUAGGAGAGUGGUUCGAUGGCCUCGUCGAAAUGGGACAAGUGGAGAAACAAUCAUUUCCAACAUCAAUUGUUGGGGUUUGACAAUGGACGAGAAUGGAUCUCUGUAUAUCGUUGACUAUGGAAAACAUGAAGUGAGACGAUAUGGAAGAGGAGAAUCUCAAGGAACAGUUGUUGCAGGUGGCAAUGGAAGUGGAAAUCGUCUCGAUCAACUCUAUGGCCCACGGUACGUAUUCGUCGAUCGAAAUAAUUCAGUAUAUGUGUCUGAUUUGGGAAAUGAUCGUGUGAUGAAAUGGGUGGAAGGUGCAAAACAAGGCAUUGUCGUGGCUGGUGGUCAAGGAAAAGGAAAUGGUCUGACACUAUUGUGUGAUCCUCAAGGAGUCGUUGUCGAUGAAUUGGGCACUGUCUAUGUGUCUGAUUCAGGGAAUAAUCGAAUCAUGCGUUGGACGAAAGGAGCUACACAAGGAAGUGUUAUUGUGGGUGGAAAUGGAAGAGGAGGACAAUCGAAUCAACUGCAUGGGCCCAUCGGUUUGUCAUUCGAUCGACACGGCAAUCUUUAUGUCGUCGAUAACGGAAAUCAUCGAGCACAAAAAUUCAACAUCGAAUCCAAUAAGUAA